CGUCCACGAUGCCGCCGCGCGGUCCGCCGCGCAGCUUCUUCUGGGCCCUGAUCACGCUGAGCAGCAUCCCGGCUCGCGUGGCCGGGUGUGACUUCCUUCAGCCGGCCUGCGGGGCUCAGGCUCCCGGGGACGUGGUGAUCGGCAUCAUGUUGCCGAGCCACCGCAAAGUGAAGGCUCUCCAGGAGCGGAUCAGACCCGAGAACUUCCACUGCUCAGAUUUUGACCUGGAGUCAUUUCUUCGUUCCUUGGCUGUCAUCCAUGAAAUUGAGGUCAUAAACGCUGCCGGCUUCCUCCCGGGAGUGCGUCUCGGAUAUUUGAUGUGUGACACGUGCUCCUCCGCCAGCAAGUCGUUGCAGAGCGUGGGCCAUAUGCUCGAGGUCAACGGCUCUCUCAACGUGAUGUGCGACUACACCGACUACAGGCCCAGGGUCAAGAUUGUUCUGGGAGCUCUCUACUCGGAGGUGUCCAUCGCCGUGGCCAAACUGCUCAAUGUGUACAUGGUCCCUCUGCUGAGCAGCACAUCAUCCGCACCAGACCUGAGUAAUAAGCUGCGCUUCCCAGCUUUCGUACGCACCAUCCCCAGCGACAAGCACCAGACCAAAGCAGUGGCCACGGUCAUGCAUCACUUGGGCUGGAACUGGGUGGGGGUCGUGUACGGGGACGACGAGUACGGCAGCGCGGCUUUCCAGAGCUUCCUCGGGAACACCGAGGCGAGCGGCUUGUGCUUGGCCUACCAGGAGGUGGUGCCUCACUAUCUCGAUCAUUUGCUCAGCGCGCAACGUAUGAAGCAGGUCGCCGAGCAGAUCCGCUCCUCCGACGCCCAGGUGGUGCUGCUGAUCCUCAAGGCGGAACUGGUGGAGGACCUCUUUCGGGAAAUGAUCAGGACCGGCACUUCAAGGAUCUGGUUCGCCACGGACGCCUGGUCCACGAGCAGGGCCCUCGCCCAAAUGGAAGGCAUCAAUGAGGUCGGGGACAUCUUGGGCAUUACGUUCGUUUCGAAAAAGAGCGAAUCGUUCGACGGCUAUCUGAAGAAUCUGACGGCAACCCCGAGAGGGUACAACCGCUUCAUCGAAGAGUACAAGAACCUCCGGUUCAACUGCAGCUCCGAAUGUUUCUCGAGCAGCCCUCCGUCUUAUUGUCCCUCGCCUGAAGUCCUGAGAAUGAAAUCUGCCAGCGCGUGCAACAAUUUCCUGGAUCCCCAAAAGCAAAAUGAUGACUAUCUCGUAACGGCUCUUGAUACGAGCGAGACCUUCCUUCACAAAGUGGCCGUGUGGGCCACGGCACACGCCCUCAAAGAGCUCCUGGAGUGCAACGGUUCAUCAUGCUUGGGAGAAAUUAAUUUCCCACCAUGGAAGCUUCUUGAGGUACUGAAGACAGUUAAGUUUGAGUUUGAGAACCUCAACUUCAACUUUGACAGAAACGGUGAUUUUGAAGGCUUUUACGAUCUCGUCGUGUGGAAACCGGAAGGACGCCACAGAAGAUGUCAAAAGAUUGGGAAAUUCCAUGUUGUUGAAGAAGAAAUAGAGCUCGACAUUAAAGACGUCACCUGGUUUUCAACAGCCAAUGCCACGAUCCCUCAGUCCAGAUGCUCCGAGCGCUGCGCCCCCGGCUCGGUGAAGAAGAUCCUGAACGUCUACUGCUGUUACAACUGCACGCUUUGCGCAGAGGGGACCUUUUCGGACGCCUGGGAUCUUGAUACCUGCAAACCGUGCCCCAAUGGAACCUGGUCUCUCAAGGGUUGGGAUCGCUGCACGCCGAGAUCUGAGUCCUACCUGCGAUGGGCCGACACUCAUCCCAUCAUCAUGGUGGCGGCCUCGGUCUUCGGCAUCUUGCUCUUGUUCGCCACCUUCGUUAUCUUUUUGGUGUACAGAGAUUCCCAGCCGAUGAAAAGAGCCGAGGUGAAACUGUCUUGCGUUAUGAUGGCCGGUCUGUCGGUGAGCUUCGCCAGUGUGAUCUGCUUCAUGGGCAAGCCCAGUGUGCACCUCUGCCGGGCCCGCCAGGUGAUGUAUGCCAUGGGCUUCACCCUUUGUGUGUCCUGCGUCCUAGUCAAGGCCUACCGUACCUUCCUGGCUUUCCUUCCCUUCGGCCAGCUGACGUGCAGGCGACUACACAAACUCUACAAGCCGACUGUGAUUGUCAUCGUCAUAACUGCCCUCCAGGGGAUCAUCUGUCUCCUCUGGCUCAUCUUCGAUUCCCCUGAUAUCGAUCCCACGCCUCCGUCCCCUCAAACCAUGAUCAGGCUGAUCCAGUGCAGCGAAGGUCCCACUUACAUCGGCUUCGGCAUCAUGUUGAUCUACAUCGCUCUGCUGGCAUCGGUCGGCUUCCUCUUGGCUAUCAAAGGCCGGAAGGUUCCGCAGGAGUUCAGUGAAACGGGCUACAUCAUCUUCAGCAUGCUGAUGUACUUGUUCGUGUGGGUGUGUUUCAUCCCUGUCUACAUCACCAACAAUGAACACGCCUCCCCCGUGCAGGCGUCGGCCAUUCUGGUGUCCACUUACGGCAUCAUCUUCUGCCAUUUCUUACCCAAGUGCUACGAAGCGCUCGGGGGGUCAAAGACGGACACGCUGGAGAGGAUUCUGAGGAGAUGGGAGGUCAUCUCCGGUCCGAAACUUGAAGUAGGCGUGAAUGCACCCUCCGAAAAGAGCAACAGGUGUUCCGUAACGAGUACAACGACUAUAUUGAGAAGCGAGGUCAGCCCUAUAGAUUCAGAGAUCUUCAUAAUGCCGAUGUUGAAUGAAGAGAUGCUCACCUGUAUGAAGGUGGGAAUAAAACUGAGGAGGUGUAGGAGUAUAUCCAUCUAAAAGUGGUUCCAAGGAAAUUUUAUAUGUACUGUAGAGAUAUUUUACUAUCCAAUUUCCCCUUUUUAAAGCCGAUAUUUUUUGUCGGAUCUUUGUGCUUUAAAUCCAAAUUAAAAUAUUGCUCUACAAACUGUUGUAUUCUUCAAUGCACAGACAAACCAAAGAGCACUUAUGUGUAUUGUAUACAAUUACAAGUAAUAUCAAAAGUAAAAAUGUUUUUAAAAGCCUAAUUAUGUGCAUCAUUUUCCGUUCACCGUAACCCCAAAAGGGGUUAAAGUGGCUUUCUUGGUGCCUUGGUGGAGCAUUACUGUUUCUGGUACUGGUGAGACAAUGAAAUACAGUCCAGGAAGUUCCAUAUGUAUG